UGCAAUUAUUUGCAUCUCGGAUCAAUUGCGGCUCCCACUGCCUCAGGGAGCUCACUUGCGGGCUCAGGGUUUUGCUGCAUAAGUUGUAGGCUUGGUUUGCAGAAACAGAGUAACAUUGAUUUGCAAGGAGCUAUAUUUGCAACAUGGCUAUCUCUAGAGCUGCUCUUCUGUGCACCCUCGUCUUAGCAACAGGAUUUUUUCUCACAGUUUCGUCUCAGACUGUACCAACUCCAGAGGAAGAUUUUGACGCCUGGAUUGCACGUAACCAAGCCAAGUAUGAGGCUCAGAACUCCGAAUCAACUGUUUUGGACACUCAGACCCUUCCAGGUGGAGAUUUCAGCGUCGAGGCAACCCCCUCGCCGCCACAAGAGGCCACUUGCAUAAGGACAGUGGGGAAGAAAGGGUCUGGAGCGAAGUACACAAAAGUGAAAGCUGCAAUCAAGUCGAUUCCUAAAGGCAACUCUGUUCGAUGCGUCAUCAGAAUUGCUAAAGGUUUCUACAAGGAGAAGAUCGAAAUCCCAAAGGAUAAGCCCUACAUAACAAUUGAAGGAGCGGGUGCUGGCGUAACGAUCCUGUCAUACGGCGAUACUGCAGAGGAAGCGGGUUCCACAUCUCAGAGUGCUUCCUUCGCUGUCAUGUCUGAUUAUUUUGUUGCCAAGGACCUCACCUUCGAGAACUCGAGCCCUCCUCCACCAGGCGGUGCUGUGGGGCAGCAAGCAGUAGCAUUCAGAAUCGAAGGAGACAAGGCUCAGUUCUAUCGCGUGGCCUUCCUCGGAGCCCAGGAUACCUUAUACGACAAGCAGGGGAGGCAUUACUUCAAAGAUUGCUACAUCCAGGGCUCCAUCGACUUCGUCUUCGGCAACGGUCAGUCGUAUUAUGAGACAUGUCAUUUGCACUCGAUUGCCAACCCUGGCAGCGGGUCCUUGACCGCCCAGAAGAAGAUGACGAAAGCGGAGACUAGCGGGUUUUCCUUCGUUCGUUGCAACGUCACCGGGAACGGGCCUAUCUACAUUGGCCGCGCUUGGGGUCCUUACUCCAGGGUCGUGCUCCUGUACACCGACAUCUCCGCCCCCAUUAUUCCCGCAGGGUGGUACAACUGGGGCGAUCCUGCUAGAGAAAAGACGGUGUAUUACGGGCAAUACAAGUGCACAGGCGUCGGAGCUGACACCAAGGGACGAGUGAACUGGUCCAAGGAGCUUACCGACGCGCAGGCGCGACCAUUCUUGUCGUGGAAUUUCGUCGAUGGCAACCAAUGGAUAGGCAAGUAUUGAUGCGUCCGAGCUAUGCACUGAGCCACUACCGCCACCGACAACGACACAUCCUUGUUCUGAUCAAUCUUAUGAGUUUUCCAUGUUGGGCAUGUGACAUCGAGUGAGGCCAAGCUCACAAGAGAUCGAUGCCUCCUCGACGCCGCUGUCGAUGCUUCCGGGGCAGUCCCAUUCAUCGUCGACGUCGCUCAGUGUCCCAAGCUCACUUUACAAGCAGAACCUCACACAGCACCUCUUCCAUUACUUCAUAGCACACACAGAAACACUCACACAAACCUCUGCUUUCUUUCCAUGCUUUCAUUCACAUGUAGACGGUCUACCAAGCAACAAAUGAAUCGCUGGAAGUACCAGGCUAUCACUAAUAAUGCUCAUUCUCAUAAUAAGCUUCACUGUUCUGCAUGAGUUUGGUAUCGUGGACAGUUGUAUCUCAUUUCAUUCAGCUAAAAUAAAAGUUCGUAUUUUUUUGCA